CUUCGUAGUUCCAACUUUUCUGCCACUGAACUUGUUCAAGUGUCGUGCUUCAUGUCCUCGUUGGACUUGCCGGAGAUCCAGACUGUGCAGACUACCCUGACUCAAAGGGACAUUCAAAGGACUCCAACUAUCAGUCUCUUCCUCCUCGAACUGGUCUUUCUCCGGCAGAUACUCUGUGGCGUCAUCAUCAAGAAUAGAAUCUACGUCCCAUACAUCCUCAUUGCAUCGUUUCUUACGGUUUUCGGAACCACUAACCUCCUCUGCAGAAACCUCCUGGUCAGGAUCUGCUUUGUUAGGCACAAGUGAGGACUUCGAAGGCGUUCUCGGAGUUUUCUUCGGAGUUUUAUUCUUAGUCGGACGACCUUUCUUGGAUUUUCUGGUAUUCCUAGAGCCUUUCUUCUUCUUAGGCGAACUGCUCUUCUUCUUCGUUUUCAAGAUUUCCUCAGCAGCAGCAUCUAGAUUGUCCUGGCUAGUGGGACCAGUGUGAAUAUUGCCGUUGACGUGGUGAGUGCGAAAAUAACCACGAGCAAUUGUGCACGGGUUGCAAGUCUGCCAGCCGCAGGUCAGACAGCGAGACAUUCCGGAAGAAUUGCGCUUGUUGCAAAUGUCACAUUUCGCCGUAUGGAUGGCUAACUCCUCGAACUCACAUAGCAUUACUUCCUUCCCAAUUACAGGCAUAGGAAACUGGGGCAUGUCGCCC